AUGUAUCUACCCUCUCCCACAUACGCUUUCACCAUUCCUUCACUUCACGAUGACACUCAACUCGACUGUCGCCUUUAUCUUCCCCGUACUUUGUUGCAGUCAGAAACUAUACGAGGGGCUAUAGUCGCACAUCCAUAUGCUCCUCUCGGUGGUUGCUACGACGAUCCAGUCGUAAGCUUUGUCGGAGGCGAGCUUUUGAAGAGUGGAUAUAUCGUGGGCACAUUCAAUUUUCGUGGUGCCGGUACUUCAGAAGGACGGACUAGUUGGACCGCGAAGCCCGAAUUAGCAGAUUAUGUUUCCUUCUACGGAUUCAUGCUGUGCUACUUGCAUUCCUUGAGGUCGCAACAGGUUUCACGGCGAGGGGAUGGAAAUAUCCCAGGUGGGCCCAGUGUUGAGGGCUCCGAUGCUCAGUCUACACUUGCCCGGGCAGAUAUCCAUCUCAUCCUCGGUGGUUAUUCUUACGGCUCAUUAAUUGCAUCACAUCUUCCCGCACUUGAUAUCGUUGCGGACCUCUUCAAAAACAUAACUGUUAGUAAACAGGCACAUGAAAUCCUCCAAAGUGCAGCGAAAGUUUCGGCUCUGUUCGAAGCCAACGACUCAACCCAAGAACGAAACUUGGCAGCAGAAGACCACCUGGCCGUGGAAGAACCGCCGGAUAUCUCAGGAACAACAAUUUCAUACCUUCUCGUGUCGCCCCUCUUGCCGCCACUCAAUCUGUUCCUAACGUUCUUCUCAACAAUGUCUUUAGAUGUUGGGGCUCACAGUCCAUCUCAACGGAGACAGAUUCCAUGCCCCAAGCCAACUCGCCAGCUAUGCGCCCAUCCGACUCUAGCUAUUUACGGAAACCAGGACAGCUUUACAUCUGCAAGUAAAUUAACUAAAUGGUCAGACGAACUGUCGCAUGUGCCCGGGGGUCAAUUUCAAUCGGCCGAGAUUGACGGAGCUGGACAUUUCUGGAGAGAAAAUGGGGUCGAGUCGCAGGCAAGAGAUGCACUAGGAAAGUGGUUGCGUCUGAUACCUUGA